UGCGAAUAUCACAACUCUAUUAUAUAAAUGACAUCUGUUGAGCCUCAUAAGGUAAUCAUGGGUGAAUACUGUAAUUCAUUGCUAUUAUUCUCACCUUGGUAUCCGAGCAGAAUCAUGCCUGAGCUUCAAUGCUGUUCUCCAAAGCGUCUGGAAUCCAGGCAAACGGUAGCAGACACAUCAACAAGUCUACCAUGGGAUUCUUCUGACGGCUCAGCCUUCAUCAUUCUGUCUUGUAUAAAAUUCCCCUUCUCCGAGUGUCUUCUUUCUUUUAUCUGAGUAGAUGCACUCCCACUUUCUCUUUCCAACAAUCUGAUAUCUCUCAACGUCAAACAAGAUCAUCCUGACCCAUGGCGGACGAGAAAGCAUCUCCAAGCCCUUCUGUCCGCUUCGCUGACGAUGGAGAUCCCCCCAAAUCCCAAGAGCCAGAAACUUUCCCGGAGACCAAGGACGACGCGGAGAACAAUGACAAGGUCGAGGAGCAAGACGAAGAUGAAGGGGCUACUGCUGAAGUCGACUUGGUCCAGCCUAAGAAAAGGAAGCCGAGAAAGCGUCGACCCAAGAGCAAGAGAGGCAAGAAUAAGCCUACUGGGUUUGAGAAGUACUACGUCGAUGCCCCUGUGACUCCUGAAGAGUACGAAGAAGAGCAAGCCUUAUAUGAUGUUUCUCGGCCUAUCCUCCAUCGUUUGGAGGACGCUAUUCUGCGUUUUCAAAAGAAACGUCGUAUCGAAUCGGACAGAGCUGCAGUCUUCAUGAAAUACCUCUCCUAUGGAGGAGUUGACGUUUCACAGAAGAGUUUUGCCGGAUUGGACGCACGCGAGAUGCAAGAAAUGGACAACGAGCAGAUCCUCAUUGCGAGAGGGCAGACUAGCAUUUCCCAGGACCGCUCUGAUCUGGACAUUGAUUUCGAUGCUGUCGUUAGGGGAUACCUCACAUCAUUCUUCCCUUACCACUUUAACCCGGACACGGAAGAAAUGAUCAACCUUGCAACCGUUACUAUCAGAAACUUCCUCUCCUACAUUCUCCACCAUGACGUCUGUCCAGAGUACAAGGAGAACAUUGACGAAGCCCGGAAAUCAUGCGACAUUGUGACAAAGGAGCUCUGGAAGAACCAGCAAUUCACGGCGAACGGACCCGGAAACUUCAAUAUGGCUAGCUCCAUGCUCUUCGGCGGCUACUUCUAUGAGACGUACUUCGACACCGACACCUGGAAGAACCAGAAGGACGACGAUGAUGAUCAAGUGAAGAUGACCAACGACAUUGCCCGGAAAGUCGUCAAGUUUGCACUCGCAGGUGCCGGUUCCAAAGAACAAGCCACUCGAUUCCGGGACCUGGCUAACCAGAACGCUCUCACUGCUACCCACAUUGAGGACAUCGACGGCUUUGAAAUCACAGCCAUCCUUCCGCCAGACGAGGGAACGAAACAAUUCUACCAUAUCCACGCACCGGACCUGCAGCCCGUUGGAAAAGUUAUCGCCAAUGCGUAUCGUGAUCCGGGAAAGCCCCCAAUCGACCUAACCCCCGAGGAGAAAUCUGAAUGGGAGAAUGGCAAAGUUGUAGCGCCUUCUAAAUUCGAGUUCUUCGUCGAGGAAUCCUUGAUCCAGCAUUGCUAUCCUGGUAUGAAAGUAAUCACGUCGGUUUGGGAGCUGAACUGUGGCAUGCAUUACUUUGAUGAGGUCAUGACGGCUUAUUGCUCGAUCUACACCGUUCUUGCCAACGAUCUCAUGCUGGGAUGGAAGAAACCCAGGAGUCUUGUCUGCGGUGAAGAGGAUAACGAGGAUGGGAAUGGAAACAAAGAUAUUGAGAAAAUGGCACAGGAUGCAGCUGAGAAGGCUCUGCGCGACGCUGGCCUGAGUGGACAGGAUAAGGAAGAGUAA